GGCGGAGAAAGCGAGCCGCCAGUUGGUGGGCGGUGGGCAGGGCAGCUGUACCUCUCUGAGUUCCUGCUACACCGCAGACCACACUACUAACAUGCUUUAAACACUAAUGCACACACGCGCAGACGUCACACAAUGAGUUAGAAGCUGUUCCACACGUGUGUCAGGAGUGUACUCAUGUGAACUCUUCUUCCCUCCCUCCCUCAGUCCAUGCACUGAAACAUGGCUCGUUGCAGUGUGCAUGUCCUGCUGCUCUUGCUGCUGGCCCUGCAGACAUCAGCUGAGGGCUCAGAUGGACAGUUGGUGUGUCUGUGUCACAGCCCGACGUGCCCCCAGGUCACCCGCUGCCAGGGAACCCGCUGCUUCUCCUCUGUCAUCGUGGGCGUCAGCGGGGUGGAGUUUGAGCACGGCUGCCUGAACGAGCUGGAGAAAGUCCGUCUGCACUGCUCCACGGCUCCGUCCUCUCGCCAGGCCAUUAUCUGCUGUUCUGAGAACAUGUGCAACAGCAACACAACCAGGACCUCUCUGGUGUCACUGCUUCCAUCAGAUGAGCCAGAAGGUGAGCCGGUGCGGUAUCGCGUUGAGACUUUGGCCCUCUUCGUACUCGGCCCAGUCGUGGUUCUGGCUCUGCUGUCUGUAGUGUCGGUGCUGGCCUGCAGGAGGCUCCACCACGGCCGUCUGCAGAGGCUGCAGGAAUUCGACACUGAGCAAGGAACCAUAGAUGACCUCAUCUCCUCCAAUGUAGGAGACAGCACUUUAGCGGACCUGUUGUCUCACUCAUGCACAUCAGGCAGUGGUUCAGGUCUUCCAUUCCUCGUCCAGAGAACUGUGGCUCGGCAGAUCAGCCUGGUGGAGUGUGUAGGGAAGGGAAGGUAUGGAGAGGUGUGGCGGGGUCAGUGGCAGGGGGAGAACGUUGCUGUUAAAAUCUUCUCCUCCCGAGAUGAGAAGUCCUGGUUCAGAGAGACGGAGAUCUACAACACUGUGCUGCUGAGACACGAAAACAUUCUGGGCUUCAUGGCGUCUGACAUGACUUCUCGAAACUCCAGCACCCAGCUGUGGCUCAUCACCCACUACCACGAGAAUGGCUCACUUUAUGACUACUUGCAGCGGGUCGCCGUGGAGACGUCGGAGGGCCUGGCGAUGGCGGCGUCGAUAGCGUGUGGCCUUGUGCACCUGCACACGGAGAUCUUCGGCACAGAGGGCAAACCGGCCAUCGCUCACCGGGACCUGAAGAGCAAAAACAUCCUGGUCACAAAGGAGCUGCGCUGCUGCAUCGCUGAUCUGGGACUGGCUGUGACUCACUCGCAGGCUGACAAUCUGCUGGACGUGGGCAACAACCCAAAGGUUGGCACGAAGCGCUACAUGGCUCCUGAAGUGCUGGACGAGACCAUUCAGACAGACUGCUUUGAUGCCUACAAGAGAGUGGACAUCUGGGCCUUUGGACUGGUGCUGUGGGAAAUAGCACGACGCACAUACAGCAACGGCAUCGUCGAGGAGUACAAGCCUCCGUUUUAUGAUCAGGUGCCAAACGACCCCAGCUUUGAGGACAUGAGGAAGGUGGUGUGUGUGGAGCAACAGAGGCCUUUCAUUCCCAAUCGCUGGUUCUCUGAUCCUACCCUUUCUGCCCUGGUAAAGCUGAUGAAGGAGUGUUGGUACCAGAAUCCCUCAGCCCGGCUAACGGCUCUGCGCAUCAAGAAGACCCUGGACAAGAUUCACAGCUCUCUGGAGAAGGGCAAAGAGUCGUGAGAGGAAGCUUCUUAGGCAACAGAGGGGUCACUUUGAACAAGGGCGAUUAUUAGAAAACACGAGAGGAAAAGUAGUUCAUCCAUUUUCCCUCCGCCUGAUAUUUCGUCUCAUCGCACAGAUCUGGUAAAGACUUUCGUAUUGCCACAGGACGCAAACCUGUUGUCGCCACUGUGUUCACACUGACCUGAACUGUGGACUGUCACUGAGUGUAAAUAACACAGAGAUGGUGUGUGAUUGUUCUCCAUCCUGAGGUGUAGGCAUGGGUCGGCGUGAGAUAUGAUAACUUUCAGUAAAAAUGAUCGCGUUUACAGUAGCUGUAGAAGCAGUUUGUGUUUUAUGUCAUACUAUCAAAUAUAAUAUUGAUAACUGUGUCAGCUCAUGUUGUCCUUACAUUUAAAACAAAAGUAUAGACAAAGUAAUGCUAUUAGCCAGGACGGUACAAUACAUUCCCACAAACUUGCCUAUUUUAAGAAAACCUCUCGCAUAAGGGGGAGGAGUCAAAUGGCUACUAGAAGUCAGAGGGUUUAGUAACUCAAAACUACCCUAGAAAUGUUGGUAUGGCAUCACACUAUUAAAUAUUUUCUAUGUCAUCUACAGUGAUUCUUUCACCAACGCUAACUCAUAACUUUGGCGUUACCUCAAAUUUGAAAAAAAAAAUGUGACACUCCCAUUUAAAAUUGUACACAGCUUAUUUAACAAAACAACUCAUACUGCAGGAACGGUAUGGUAUUUAAAAAUAAAAAUUGAGUGGUUUUCAAACCAUGGCAUACUUUGGAAAGUGCAAAGUGGCCCAUGCCUACUGAUGCUUUAAUGCCCAUUUAAGACUGCUCUAGGUUCAGCCUUCUCUCUCUUACACUGAUCCUCAGCCGCUGGUUUUGGUGCGUGGACGUGGCACAAUUGGAAAUACUUCACUCGUAUUAUAGCUUUAUCAGAACACUCGCAAAAGGAAAAGAGCCAAGUGAAACAACGUUGUUUGUAAACUUUUUAAAUAUGGUAUGAUAUUUAUGUACACACUACUGAGGAUAUAGAAGACUGAUGGUGUGUGAAAUGGACUGAAUACACACAGUAUACAGGCACUGACUCUAAUGGACUUUCUACCCCCCCAUGUUGUUAACGCUCGUAGGAAAAUGAGUUGCUGAGAGAGUGGAAAUGGCAGGGAGAAUAUUCUUGCUGAGCUUGUAUUGUUGUGUGAUGAAGACGGGAUAAACACUACAUGUAAUGUUACAUGGUGGUUCUCCAGCAGUAAGAACCUGCCAUUAGGAAUUAUUUCGUGUCUUAUCUUAUAAGAAUAUGACUCAAACUGCUCCAUGUACUUUAUGAAUGUACUGUGGCUGAUUUAAAAA